AGCCGCGCGGCGCGCGCAGGGUUAACUCGGUGUUCCCAGCCUGAAAGGGGCUUCGGGGGGCUAUGAGAUAAAGAUGCCGGGCUCGCUGAGUAAUGGAGACGAGGGACUGGACGACAUGGAUUUUGAAGACGAUAUGCCAGAUGAGGACGAUGAAGGUGAGCGCAACACUGUUCCCCUCAGGCCCCUCGCCAGCUUCUUCUCUGACGACGACAUGCUCAAACAGCAGAAGAAGAAGCCCAAAAAAAUUAAAGAGGGGAAAAUACCCAAAGUUAAGAAGAGGAAAAAAGAGGGAGGACUCCAGACAAGAGUGGACAGUGACCUGGACGAGACCUCGGAGGUGGAGGAGGAACGGGAAUGCCCCGAGAUCGGCUCUGAGAGCGAGAGCAGCGCGUACGGCCUCGCCAAAAAGAAGAAGAAAAAACCCAAGGAGAAGAAGCCCAGGAAGAAAAAGAGAGAUGAGGAUGACGACGAUGAUAACGAUGAUGACGGCAACAUGAAAGAACCCAAGUCCUCCAGCCAGUUGAUGCAUGAAUGGGGUCUGGAGGACGUUCAGUACAGCUUCACUGAGGACGACUACAAAACUAUCACCAACUACAAGGCUUUCAGCCAAUUCCUUAGGCCGCUCAUUGCCAAGAAGAAUCCGAAGAUUCCCAUGUCAAAGAUGAUGACGGUGUUAGGGGCCAAGUGGCGCGAGUUCAGUGCCAACAACCCGUUCAAAGGCGCAUCUGCCACCGCUGUGGCCGCCGCGGUGGCUGCCGCCGUGGAAACAGUCACUGUAGCUCAGCCAACAUCUGUCAGCAGCAGCCAGCUGAGCUCCCAGCAAGGGCCAAUCAAAAAAGCCAAAACCAAAGAAGGAAAAGGACCAGGAGUAAGAAAGAAAAACAAGACUGUGAAAGAAGCAAAGAAGAAACCGAAGCCCAAAAAGAACAAAUCAAAGUUGGGUCAGAGUGGGAAGAAGAAGAAAGCCUCCUCGAGUGACGAGGACUUUCUGGAGGAGUCGGACUUUGAUGACAUCAGCAUCCACAGUGCCUCUGUGCUUUCUGAUACUCUGGGAGCCGCCACCAGGAAAAAGGCCCGGCGUGGGCGGAAAAAAAGGAAAAAGGAGGACGGUGACGGCUAUGAGACAGACCACCAGGACUACUGUGAGGUUUGUCAGCAGGGGGGAGAAAUCAUCCUGUGUGACACCUGUCCAAGAGCCUACCACCUGGUGUGUCUGGACCCGGAGCUGGAGAAAGCACCGGAGGGAAAGUGGAGCUGUCCACACUGUGAGAAGGAGGGAAUCCAGUGGGAGGCCAAAGAUGAAGAGGACGAUGAGGAGGAAGCUGCAGGUGAGGAGGAGGAUGACCACAUGGAGUUCUGCAGAGUGUGUAAAGAUGGAGGAGAGCUUCUGUGCUGCGACACCUGCCCGUCGUCCUACCACAUCCACUGCCUCAACCCGCCUCUUCCUGAAAUCCCAAACGGGGAGUGGCUGUGUCCUCGCUGCAUGUGUCCGCCUCUUAAAGGUAAAGUUCAGAGGAUUCUGCACUGGAGGUGGGGAGAGCCCCCGCUGCCAGCGGAGCCGCCUCCAGGCCCUGAUGGCAAACCGACCGAUCCGUUGACCAAGCCCCCGCUCAAGGGACGCUCAGAGAGGGAGUUCUUCGUGAAGUGGGCUGGCCUUUCGUACUGGCACUGUUCCUGGGUCAGCGAGCUGCAGUUAGAGCUGUACCACACGGUCAUGUAUCGGAACUACCAGCGGAAGAACGACAUGGACGAGCCGCCGCCGUUCGACUACGGGUCGGGAGAGGAGGAGCUCAACAACGAGAAGAGGAAGAGCAAAGACCCCCAGUAUGCUGUGAUGGAGGAGCGCUUCUACCGCUACGGCAUCAAACCAGAGUGGAUGGUCAUCCACCGGAUAGUCAACCACAGUUUUGAUAAGGACGGUGAUGCACAUUACCUGAUCAAAUGGAGAGACCUACCGUACGAUCAGUGCACCUGGGAGGCAGAUGAAUUCGACGUCCCAGAAUAUGACAUUCACAAAGCUUUCUACUGGGACCACAGAGAGCAGAUUUUAGGCGAGGACCAGCGCCCUCUUGUGGUAAGGAAGGGAAAUAAACUAAAAGAGGACUACCCAAAAAGAGAGGUUCCCCCUGAUGCCCCUAUCAUAGAUCCAACCAUUAAGUUUGAGCACCAGCCCUGGUACAUUAACGCCACCGGGGGAACGCUGCACCCAUAUCAGCUCGAGGGUCUGAACUGGUUGAGAUUUUCCUGGGCUCAGGGGACGGAUACCAUCCUGGCUGAUGAAAUGGGCCUAGGAAAGACGGUGCAGACAAUAGUUUUUCUCUACUCACUGUAUAAAGAGGGUCACUCUAAGGGGCCUUUCUUGGUGAGCGCACCUCUCUCCACAAUCAUCAACUGGGAGAGAGAGUUCGAGAUGUGGGCUCCGGAUUUCUACGUGGUGACAUACACGGGAGACAAAGACAGCAGGGCAACUAUCAGGGAAAAUGAGUUCACCUUUGAAGACAGCGCAGUGAAAUCUGGACGGAAGGUGUUUCGCAUGAAGAAAGACACUCCUAUCAAGUUCCACGUGUUGCUGACUUCUUACGAGCUGAUCACUAUAGAUCAAGCCAUUCUGGGCUCCGUCACCUGGGCCUGUCUGGUUGUAGACGAGGCCCACAGACUGAAAAACAACCAAUCAAAGUUUUUCAGAAUCCUCAACGGGUAUAAGAUCUACUACAAGCUGCUGCUCACUGGAACUCCCCUGCAGAACAACCUGGAGGAGCUGUUCCAUCUGCUUAACUUCCUCACCCCGGAGCGUUUCAACAACUUGGAAGGCUUCCUGGAGGAGUUUGCAGACAUCUCUAAAGAGGACCAGAUCAAGAAACUCCAUGAUCUUCUCGGACCUCACAUGCUCAGGAGGCUGAAAGCCGAUGUGUUCAAGAACAUGCCUGCAAAGACUGAGCUCAUUGUCAGAGUGGAGCUCAGUCCCAUGCAAAAGAAAUAUUACAAGUUUAUCUUGACGCGAAACUUUGAGGCUCUGAACUCCAAAGGUGGAGGGAACCAGGUGUCUCUGCUCAACAUCAUGAUGGACCUGAAGAAGUGCUGCAACCACCCCUACCUGUUCCCCGUGGCUGCCGUGGAGGCUCCUGUUUUACCCAAUGGUUCUUAUGAUGGUAAUCUACUGGUGAAGUCCUCAGGAAAACUAACGUUGCUUCAGAAAAUGCUGAAAAAACUCAAAGAUGAAGGACACAGAGUUCUUAUUUUCUCUCAGAUGACAAAGAUGCUGGAUCUACUAGAGGAUUUUCUGGAGUUUGAAGGCUAUAAAUAUGAACGGAUUGAUGGGGGGAUUACCGGAGGCCUGCGACAGGAAGCCAUUGACCGAUUCAACGCCCCGGGUGCGCAGCAGUUCUGCUUCUUGCUUUCAACACGAGCCGGAGGUCUUGGCAUCAACCUGGCCAGUGCAGACACCGUCAUCAUCUAUGACUCCGACUGGAAUCCCCACAAUGACAUCCAAGCUUUCAGCAGAGCCCACCGCAUCGGCCAGAACAAGAAAGUGAUGAUCUACCGCUUUGUGACUCGGGGCUCGGUGGAGGAGAGAAUCACUCAGGUAGCAAAGAGAAAAAUGAUGCUGACUCACCUGGUGGUGCGGCCCGGCCUGGGCUCGAAAACAGGCUCAAUGUCCAAACAAGAGCUGGAUGACAUCCUCAAGUUUGGAACCGAGGAGCUUUUCAAGGAUGAAAUGGAGGCGGCACGAGCAAUGGGUGACAACAAAGAUGGCGAGGAGGGAAAUGUGAUUCACUAUGACGAUGAUGCCAUUUCCAAGCUGCUGGACCGGAGCCAGGACGCGACCGAGGACACAGAGAUACAGAACAUGAACGAGUACCUGAGCUCCUUCAAGGUGGCUCAGUAUGUUGUGAAAGAAGAAGACGGAGAGGAGGAGGUGGAGCGAGAGAUCAUCAAGCAGGAGGAGAACGUGGACCCUGACUACUGGGAGAAACUCCUCCGCCAUCACUACGAGCAGCAGCAGGAGGACCUGGCUCGAAACCUGGGCAAAGGCAAACGCGUUCGGAAGCAGGUCAACUACAACGAUACGACCCAGGAGGACCAAGAGUGGCAGGAUGAUCUUUCAGACAAUCAGUCGGAGUACUCCGUGGGGUCCGAGGACGAGGACGAAGACUUUGAAGAGAGGCCUGAAGGUGGACGCAGACAGUCCCGUCGGCAGCUCAAGAAUGAGAAAGACAAACCUCUUCCACCCUUACUGGCACGAGUCGGAGGGAGCAUCGAGGUCCUGGGGUUCAACACCCGUCAGAGGAAGGCCUUCCUUAACGCCAUCAUGCGCUGGGGCAUGCCUCCUCAAGACGCCUUCAACUCGCACUGGCUGGUUCGGGACCUCAGAGGGAAAAGUGAGCGGGAGUUCAGGGCUUAUGUGUCUCUAUUUAUGAGACAUUUAUGUGAGCCAGGCGCCGACGGAGCAGAGACCUUUGCUGAUGGAGUCCCCCGCGAGGGCCUGUCUCGUCAGCACGUUCUCACCAGGAUCGGCGUCAUGUCGCUUGUCAGGAAAAAGGUGCAGGAGUUUGAACAUGUAAACGGGAAGCUGAGCUCUCCAGAUCUGAUUCCUAUUGGGAUGGAGCUGAAGAAACUCACUGAAAGUGUGUCUUCUGAUUCCAACACCCCUGUGCCAGCCAGCCCUGUGGCCACGCAGCCCAGCACCCCCAUCCCACCAGGGACGGAGUCUUUGGUGGGUAACGCUGAGGACAAGGAGACCACAGAACAAGACAGAAAAAAAUCAUCAGAGCAGGAAGCUUCCAGUGCAGAGCCAGCCUCUGCACCUGAGAAAGCUGCUGACAGUGAGGAGAGCAAGGCCAGCUCAGAGGAGAAAACAGAAGAUGAGAGGAACAGAAGCAAAUCCCCCACCGCAAAGGCCGAGCCGUGCGCUCACUCAAAAGAGUCCGCUUUCAAGCCGACAGAGCUGCCAUCCAGUCAUACUUCACCGAAGACGGACCCCUGCAAAGAAGCUGAGAAGUCCUCUGAGAAAGGAGACGUUGGCUCUCCUCGAGAAAAAAACGAAGACAAAGAAAAUAAGCCAGAUGACGUGAAGAGCGAAGCUGCAUUAGAGGGUCGACUGAAUGGAGACAAAGACUCUUUGGAUGAGCUGGAUGAGAGCAGAAAAGAGGAGAAAAAUGGAUUCAAAGCCAAGUUUAUGUUUAAUAUUGCUGAUGGAGGUUUUACUGAGUUGCACACCCUCUGGCAAACAGAGGAGCGAGCGGCGCGGUCUUCUGGAAAAAUACACGACAUCUGGCAUCGUCGCCAUGACUACUGGCUGCUGGCUGGCAUCGUAACACAUGGCUAUGCUCGCUGGCAAGACAUUCAGAAUGACCCGCGUUACGCUAUUCUGAAUGAGCCCUUCAAAACUGAGAUACACAAGGGCAACUACUUAGAGAUGAAGAACAAGUUCCUGGCGCGCCGCUUUAAGCUGUUAGAGCAGGCUCUGGUGAUCGAGGAGCAGCUGCGGCGGGCAGCUUACCUCAACAUGACCCAGGACCCCAGCCACCCGGCCAUGGCUCUCAGCACUCGCUUCACUGAGGUGGAAUGUUUGGCAGAGUACCACCAACACCUGUCCAAAGAGUCGCUGGCUGGGAACAAACCUGCCAACGCUGUGCUUCACAAAGUGCUGAACCAGCUGGAGGAACUUCUGAGUGACAUGAAAGCAGAUGUGACCCGACUGCCCAACAUGCUGUCCAGAAUCCCACCGGUGUCGGCCCGUCUGCAGAUGUCCGAGAGGAGCAUCCUGAGCCGCCUCACCAGCCGAGGCAGCGAACCUCCACUGCAGCAGCCUUUCAGCCAGGGCGGGUUCGGCUGCUCGCAGAUGUACAGCAGCACCUUCGGCGGGGGAUUCAGAGGACCAGGCGGACAGCCCAUGGUCAACUACAGUCAGAUGCCCCUUGGACCCUACGUCAGCGUGUCAUCGAAUGCCCCCCUGACCCCUACAAGCCAUCUGGACAAGAAAGCACUUGACUCUUUGAGAGACGUGGCUACGCCUGAACUCAAAUCGGGCAAAUCUAGCGACGUCAUCUGCAUCGAGGACUAGACGAGCUCUGUCUCAGUGACCCGAGGUCAAACUCCCAGG